GCAAGUUCCAGUAAGCUUUGCAGAGACGGCCUUCCUCAACAAUUCCCACAAUGCACCUGCAUCCUUUCUAAUAGCACACUUCCUGCUGGAGGCCUGCAUGUCACAGUUAAGAUUAGAGUUGGGACGACACAAUUGUCUAAAGCACUGAAGCUGUCCAACUGCUCAGACAUCGAGGGACCGCCAACUUCUGUCCUGUGUCUGCAGUGUGUCGGUGCCGGAUGUAGCUGGAGCAAAAAAGGCUGUUCCUGGGCAAAUCAAGGAGUGGGGAAUGACAGUGUUUGCCAAAAGAUGGAGUCAGGGAUGAACUUUUCUAGACCAGAGAUCUCCUCCAUCGCUCCCAGUGUGGUGUCUUUCUACGGCAGAAACCAUGCAGUGCUGUCUGGUUCUAACCUCAGUGAUGUGACCAGAGUGAGGAUCCAAGCAGACAUGGACUGCACUCCACAAGAAUCUCCUGUGUGGAACAACACUGGUGUGAAACUGACGUUCCACAUUCCCAGUGCCGAUAAUAAAGGCGUGGUCAAAGUAUGUGUUCUCCUCCCAGAUGGUAGUUGCCAUGGCAAUGCUACAAUCACCUAUCGGUCGUCCCCAUCCUGCACCCACAUUGUACCAAGCAGCACCUGGAUCAGUGGGAAGAGGAAUAUCACACUCAUGGGAUCCCACCUGGAGUUUGUGGAAGGGGUCACGCACAGCCACGCCCCGCAGGAAGUCAGACCUCCUAAGAACAGGAACCAUCAGAGUCUCACCUAUGACACACCUGCAGCUGAAAAAGAGAUUUCUACUAGCACUGUGUUUCUGAAAGUAGCCAAUGAAACCUUGGCCUGCCUACCAAUGACCUACUAUCCAGAGCCUGAGUUCACUAGCUUCACAUCCACAAGGGAAGGGGACGAUGUGCACAUCAUCAUACAGAAAAAGGCAGACAAACUGGAGAUGACCGUAGCAGAGUUGGAGGUGUGGGGCGUUGAGGAAGAAAAACAACACCCCUGCAUCAUGGAAACCAAAGCAACCAGUAAUGAAACUGACUUUUUCAUCUGUGAGAUUAAAAGGACACCUGAUGCUACGUUUCAGCACUUAAAAAUAAGGUAUGGUGACAAGACCGUUACACUCGGACCUCCAUCUUUAGUACAUCGGGUCCGUUUUCUGCUGAUACCCUGUAUUAUGUCAGUAUUGGUGGCUCUCUGUCUAUGGCAAAGGAAGCUCACUGCUAAAACCAACAAGCUGGGACCAUCACGCCAAACCUUGUGAAUGUUUUGCUACUCCAUUUUCAAAAUAGACAUUACACUUUUUAUUCUAACGGGGUAAAGUUCAAUCUUUGGUCCCAAAAUGAUGUAGAGGGAAGCAACCUCAACAUGAUGUAGUGAGAAGCAACCUUAACUAUACAGGCAGGGCUUCCAGCGCUUUUAUAAUAUAUUAUAACCCCUUUAAUAUUUAACUCAGGUGUAUCAGGUGUAGUAUUUGGCUUUUACAGUAUCUCAUAACCAAUAAUUAUUAUUAUUAUUGUUGUUGUUGUUAUUAUUAUUAUUUUUCAAAUGUUUGUCCUGGCAUAGAAACCAGGGUUUAGGGACUUUUACUUGGGUAAUUAAAGGGUACUUUUUGCAUUUUUUAGGUAUUGAGUAUAUUCGAGAGACUCAAACUGGGGACAUUACAUUAAAAUGGUCAGCGUCUUAAACCUCUAGAGUCUAGUCCACAAAGUCCCCUUACUUCUUUUUUAUGUUAAUCAUAUUUCCAUUAGGCCUUCUUCUCAGUUAUUGUUAAAUUGUACCUGUGUUUUUUUUCCUUAAAUGUUAGCAUCUUUAUUUCCGGAUUUUACCUUAGAUGUUGGAAACUUACUCCAAGAGAUGAAUACAAAAUAUUAAUAUCCAGCCUGAACUUGAUUUAAAACAAACAAACAGAUUUAUUGUGACUUAACUGUCCUCUGUUGCAACCUUGAGGUGAUGACAAGACUCCAGGAAGUCACUGCGUACAUAACCUUGUACAUACCAUAACAGAGUCAGGUACUUAACCUUGUUUUUUUUUUUUGUGUUUCUUUUUCUUUUACUACUUGCUGUAACUUGAUAUUUACUUGAGACUUGAGAGUGGUGUAACGUUAGAUGACCUUUGGUACAGUCCAGCAUACUUAGAUAAUCUGUUGUUUUUAUGUUUGUUCUCGUAGCUGUUUUCUUAAGACUCUUUAUUUAGUCCCUAUUGUACUAAAGAUCCCCAUUUUAUUUUGGCACUUGCUUUCCUCACUUCCUGUAUCUCACUUCCUUUCCUCCCCUUUCUUCACCACUGAUUGGCUCUUGUUUUCACCAUAAUUACCUGAUUCCUGACUCUAAAACUAAACCCCCCUCCUUAAAGGUACAAUAUGUAACAUUUCUGCAUUAAAAUGUCUAAA